AUGCCCUUCGGCUGUUUAACAAUUGGAGAAAAGAAGGAUUACCACAGUCCUUCAGACGUGACAGACAAAUAUGACAUGGGUCAAAUUGUUAAAUCGGAAGAGUUCUGUGAGCUAUUCAGGGCCAAGGACAAAAAUUCAACCAGAAUGUACACAUGUAAAAAGUUUCUGAAGAAGGAUGGAAGAAAGGUGCGCAAAGCUGCCAAAAAUGAAAUCCUCAUUUUGAAGAUGGUGAAGCAUCCUAAUAUUCUCCAGCUGGUGGACGUCUUUGAGACUAAAAAGGAAUACUUCCUUUUUCUUGAACUUGCAACAGGUAGAGAAGUGUUUGACUGGAUCUUGGAUCAAGGCUAUUACUCAGAGCGGGACACCAGCAAUGUGGUGCGCCAGGUCUUGGAAGCUGUCGCGUACCUCCACUCUCUGCACAUUGUUCACAGAAAUCUCAAGUUGGAGAACUUGGUUUAUUACAACCGCUUGAAGCACUCUAAAAUAGUCAUCAGUGACUUUCAUCUUGCCAAGUUGGAAAAUGGAUUAAUCAAAGACCCCUGUGGGACACCAGAGUAUUUGGCACCUGAAGUAGUCGGCAGACAGCGAUAUGGUCGACCUGUAGACUGCUGGGCAACAGGUGUCAUUAUGUACAUUCUACUGUCAGGUAACCCUCCUUUCUAUGAUGAAAGUGAUGAAGAUGACUAUGAAAAUCAUGACAAGAACCUAUUCCGAAAGAUCCUUGCAGGCGAUUACGAGUUUGACUCUCCAUACUGGGAUGAGAUCUCAGAUUCAGCAAAGAAUCUGGUUACACGUUUGAUGGAGGUGGAUCAAGACCAGAGAUUGACAGCCCAGGAGGCUAUAAAUCAUGAAUGGAUCUCAGGUGGUGCAGCUUCAGAUAAAAACAUCAAGGAAAACGUAUGCGCGCAAAUAGAGAAGAACUUCGCUCGGGCCAAAUGGAAGAAAGCUGUGCGGGUCACCACCAUCAUGAAGAGACUGAGAGCAACUGACCAAAGUAAUGCAAAGACCUCCAGUCCAGCAGCGACCGCAGCAUUGGACCCUGCACCUCCCGAGGCCACUGCGGACCCAGGUGCACCUUCACCUGCUGUACAGGAAGUGGUCACAGUGAUAAACAAGCCAGUUGUGGAAGACACUCAUGGGACAGAGCCACAGGCACAGGAAGCCGAGCCCACCUCUCGCUGCAAUGGAGAUACUGUGGCUCCACUCCAUGUAGGUGAUGAUGCAAGAGAUGAGCAAGGCUAG